AGUGAUGUGGGCCAUGGAGCCAGGCCAGCUCCUCUGGGCUCUGCUGUUCAUGCAAUCCUUAUGGCCCCAACAGACUGAUGGGGCCACUCGAGUCUACUACUUGGGCAUCCAGGACGUACAGUGGAACUAUGCCCCUGAAGGAAGGAACGUCAUCACAAAUGAGUCUCUGGAGAGUGACACGGUAGCUUCCAGCUUCCUCAAAUCUGACAAGAAUCGGAUAGGGAGAAGCUACAAAAAGACUGUCUAUAAGGAAUACAAGGAUGAUUCAUACAUGGAUGAAGUGGCUCAGCCUGCCUGGUUGGGUUUCCUGGGGCCAGUGUUGCAGGCUGAGGUGGGGGAUGUCAUUCUGAUCCAUCUGAAGAAUUUUGCCACACGUCCCUAUACCAUCCAUCCCCAUGGUGUUUUCUAUGAGAAGGACUCAGAAGGCUCCCUAUACCCAGAUGGCUCCUCUGGGCAGCUGAAAGCUGAUGACUCUGUGCCUCCGGGAGGCAGCCAUGUGUACAAUUGGACUAUUCCAGAAGGCCAUGCACCCACUGAUGCUGACCCAGCAUGCCUCACUUGGAUUUACCAUUCUCAUGUAGACGCUCCACGAGAUAUUGCCACUGGUCUCGUUGGACCCCUCAUAACCUGUAAAAGAGGAACCCUGGAUGGAAACUCCCCUCCACAGCGGCAGGAUGUGGACCAAAAUUUCUUUCUGCUCUUCAGUGUGGUGGAUGAGAACCUUAGCUGGCAUCUUGAUGAGAACAUUGCCACUUACUGCUCAAGCCCUGCCUCAGUGGAUAAAGAAGAUGAAGGCUUUCAGGAGAGCAACAGGAUGCACGCAAUCAAUGGCUUUGUCUUUGGGAACUUACCAGAUCUGAGUAUGUGUGCUCAGAAGCGUGUGGCCUGGCACUUGUUUGGCAUGGGCAAUGAAGUAGAUGUCCACACAGUUUUCUUCCAUGGACAGAUGCUGACCACCCGUGGACACCGUACUGAUGUGGCUCACAUCUUUCCAGCCACCUUUGUGACUGCUGAGAUGGUGCCCCAGGUACCUGGCACAUGGUUAGUUAGCUGUCAAGUGAACAGUCAUUUACAAGAUGGCAUGCAGGCACUCUACAAGAUCAAGUCUUGCUCUACGACCCCUCCCGUGGAUCUGCUCACAGGCAAAGUUCGUCAGUACUUCAUCGAAGCCCAUGAGAUUCGAUGGAACUAUGGACCCAUGGGGCAUGAUGGGAGUACUGGGAAGAGUUUGAGAGAGCCAGGCAGUGGUUCAGAUAAGUUCUUUCAGAAAAGCUCCAGCCGAAUUGGAGGAACUUACUGGAAAGUUCGGUAUGAAGCCUUCCAAGAUGAGACAUUCCAGGAGAAGGUGCAGCUGGAAGAUGAGUACCUUGGAAUCCUGGGGCCAGUGAUCCGGGCUGAAGUGGGUGACACUAUCCAGGUGGUCUUCUACAACCGUGCCUCCCAGCCAUUCAGCAUACAGCCCCAUGGGGUCUUUUAUGAGAAAGACUACGAGGGCACUGUUUACAAUGAUGGCUCAUCCCACCCUGGUUUGGUGGCCAAACCCUUUGAGAAAGUAACAUAUCGCUGGGCAGUUCCCCCUCAUGCUGGUCCCACGGCUCAGGAUCCUGCCUGUCUUACCUGGAUGUACUUCUCCGCAGCGAAUCCCAUUAGAGAUACAAAUUCUGGCCUGGUGGGCCCCCUGCUGGUGUGCAAGGCUGGUGCCUUGGGUACAGAUGGCAAGCAGAAAGGGAUAGAUAAAGAAUUAUUUCUCCUCUUUACUGUGUUUGAUGAGAACAAGAGCUGGUACAGCAACACCAAUCAAGCAGCUGCUAUGUUGGAUUCCCGACUGGUCUCCGAAGAUGUCAAGGGCUUUGAAGACUCCAAUCAGAUGCAUGCUAUUAAUGGGUUUCUGUUCUCUAACCUGCCCAGGCUGGACAUGUGCAAGGGUGACACUGUGGCCUGGCACCUGCUCGGCCUGGGCACAGAGACUGACGUGCAUGGGGUCGUGUUCCAGGGCAACACUGUGCAGCUUCAGGGAAUGAGAAAGGGUGCAGCCAUGCUCUUUCCUCACACCUUUGUUAUGGCCAUCAUGCAGCCCGACAACACUGGAACGUUUGAGAUUUACUGCCAGGCAGCCAACCAUCGAGAAGCAGGGAUGAUGGCAAUCUAUAAUGUCUCCCAGUGUCCUGGCCACCAAUCUAAGCCUCGCCAACGCUACCAAGCUGCAAGAAUCUACUACAUUAUGGCAGAGGAGGUGGAGUGGGAUUAUUGCCCUGACAGGAGCUGGGAACUGGAAUGGCACAACCAGUCUGAAAACGAGAGUUAUGGGCACGUUUUCCUAAGCAACAAGGAUGGACUCCUGGGUUCCAGAUACAAGAAAGCUGUAUUCAGAGAAUACACUGAUGGAACAUUCAGGGUCCCUCGGCCAAGGACUGGAACAGAAGAGCACCUGGGAAUCUUAGGUCCACUUAUCAGAGGAGAGGUUGGUGAUAUCCUGACUGUAGUGUUCAAGAAUAAUGCUAGCCGCCCCUAUUCUGUACACGCCAAUGGAGUGCUAGAAUCUAGUAGUGGCUGGCCACAAGCUGCUGAGCCUGGUGAAGUGCUCACUUACCAAUGGAACAUUCCUGAGAGGUCUGGCCCUGGUCCCAAUGACUCUGCUUGUGUUUCCUGGAUCUAUUAUUCUGCAGUGGAUCCCAUAAAGGACAUGUAUAGUGGCCUUGUGGGGCCUCUGGUCAUCUGCAGAAAAGGCAUCCUGGAACCCCAUGGAAGACGAAGUGACAUGGACCAGGAAUUUGCCUUGUUAUUUUUGAUCUUUGAUGAGAACCAGUCUUGGUAUCUGGAGGAGAAUGUGGCAAUCCAUGGGCCCCAGGAGCCAGAUCGUAUUAACCUACAGGAUGAGACUUUCUUGGAGAGCAAUAAAAUGCAUGCCAUCAAUGGGAAGCUCUAUGCCAACCUCAGAGGUCUCACCAUGUACCAGGGAGAGCAAGUGGCCUGGUACAUGCUAGCCAUGGGCCAAGAUAUUGACAUACAUACUGUCCACUUCCAUGCCGAGAGUUUCCUUUAUCAGAAUGGAAAGAGCUACCGGGCAGAUGUGGUGGAUCUGUUCCCAGGCACAUUUGAAGUUGUAGAGAUGAUAGCCAGCAACCCUGGGACAUGGCUGCUACACUGCCAUGUGACUGACCAUGUCCAUGCUGGCAUGGAAACACUCUUCACUGUCUUGUCCCAAAAAGAACACUUAAGCACUGGUAGUACCGUCAUGGAAGAGACUGAAAAAGCAUUGAUUUUCAGAGACACUGGAGAAGGCAAAGUGAGGAUGCUGGGCAUGGAGAUCCCCAUAAAGGAUGUUGAAAUGCUGGCUUCUGUUUUGAUUGCCAUGGGUUUCAUCCUCCUGCUUAUUGCUCUGGCUCUUGGUGGUGUGGUCUGGUACCAGCAUCGGCAGAGAAAGCUGCGGCGCAACAGGCGAUCUAUCCUGGAUGACAGCUUCAAACUUCUGUCUCUCAAGCAGUAA